AUGCGUGAAGAAGGCGUUUUCUUCAUCUUAGCUGCUACACCAUCCUCGCUGUUAAUGAUUAAUAAAACACAACCAGAAUUUCAAGCUAUUCUUACAGAGUUUUUGGAUUUCUUUCCUACGGAUCUUCCUCCUGGACUUCCUCCUUUGUGCGAUAUACAACCUCAAAUCGACUUUGUACCAGACGUGAGUCUUCCCAACCGGUCUCACUACCGUAUGAGUCUGACAGAACAUGAAGAACUCCAUAAACAAGUCGAGGAAUUGGUCACCAAAGGCUUCUUGCGAGAAAGUAUCACCAAAUCCGCAUCCGUCAAGGAGAUGAAUGGAAAACAGCAUUCAAAACACGUGAAGGCCUUUUUGAAUGGAUGCUUGACCGUGGAUGAUCACAUGUCUUACCUCCGCGAGGUUGUCCUCGUCUUGAGCCGUGAUAAACUUUACGCAACACAAAAGAAGUGUGCCUUUGGUUCGCCACAAGUCCACUUCCUAGGCUACAUCGUCUCUGUCGAAGGACUCUCGGUUGAUCCUGACAAAAGCAAGAAGCAGAAGGUGGUGCCUUUCUCAAGUGCUGAGGCUGAGUAUAGAGCCAUGCUGAAGCUAACCAACGAGCUUGUAUGGAUAAAGGGGAUACUGAAGCACUUGGACAUUGAUCAAACCACGCCAAUGACUAUGCACUGUGAUAACCAAGCAGCCAUCCACAUUGCCACCAACUCAGUUUUCAAUGAGAGAACCAAGCACAUUGAAGUUGAUUGCCACAAGGUGAGGAAAAUGAUCAUCCUUGGAGUCAUCUUGCCAUGUUAUACAAGAAGUGAAGAUCAGCUAGAUGAUGUGUUUACCAAGGCUGCAAAACAUAAGACAAUUGAGUCCAUCCAUAGACGGUUGGGUCUCAUUGAUCUCACCAAACGCAGUUGA